AUGUCUCUUCUUCUCCGGCGAUUCGUUAAUGAAGCAAACAAUUCCAGAUUUCUCCUUCAACGAUUCUUUGGCACCGUAAAACCUAAUCCAAUUGCUCCUUCUGGUCGUCGGACAACCACAGAGUUCGAUAACCUCAUCUACGAAGCAGGAAACUCCGGCGACUUCGAAUCCGUACGUCGUCUACUCAACAGCCGCGUCGUACACGCUUGUUUCAACACCACCGCGACAUUCAAAUUCCUCACCAACACCGCCUCUUACGCCUCCUCACUCGAAGAUCUCCGCCGCAUUUUACCUCAUACCGACGCCGGUUACACGCGGAAACACGCUUACGAAACUCUAAUCGCUCGUCUCUGCAAACUCGGCCGGAUCGACGACGCUCUGAUCCUGAUCGGCGAUAUGGUAAACGGGAGAUUCGGCCUCGCUUCCUGCACAUUCCACCCGAUCAUAAACGCUCUCACGAAGAAGAACAAGAUCGAAGAAGCUUGGGUCGUGGUGGAAUCGAUGAGAUCUCACUCGAUUCCGGUGGACGUGACGUCAUACAACUACUUUUUAACAUCGCACUGUUACGACGGCGACGUGGCGGAGACGAGCAAGGUGUUGAAGAAGAUGGAGGAGGAAGGUUGUUCGCCGGACACGCGUACUUACGACGCGCUUGUGUUAGGCGCGUGUAAAUCAGGGAACGUAGAGGCGGCGAUGGUGAUACUGAGGAGGAUGGAGGGAGAAGGAUUACCGGUAUUGUACGCCACUCAUGCGCACGUUAUCGGAGAGAUGAUGGAGUGUGGCUAUUAUGCGCUAGCUGUUGAGUUUGUGAUGGCUUACGCUGGUAAAGAUAAGAGAUUAGACGAAGAGAAUAUGGGAAGUUUGGCUAGUAAGCUUAUCAAGAGGAAGAGGUUUAAAGAAGCUAAGUUGGUUUUGAAAGAGAUGUGUGUGAGAGGAUUGAGAAUGGGAAUUGCUUUGCGUGAUUUUUAUGAGACCAAAUGUGCUAAAAUUGACGAUUGA